UAACCAUUUCGAUUCUGAUUCAAUCAAAUUCGGAAUUUUUCGAGUGUUGAAUCGUCUAAAGGUUCAAUCUUUGGAGAUGGGUCUUUGGGAUUCACUUCUUAACUGGCUCAGGAGCUUGUUCUUCAAACAAGAGAUGGAGCUCUCACUUGUUGGGCUUCAGAAUGCUGGGAAGACUUCUCUUGUCAAUGCCAUUGCUACUGGAGGUUACAGUGAAGAUAUGAUACCAACUGUAGGAUUUAACAUGAGGAAAGUUACAAAAGGGAAUGUUACGAUAAAGAUUUGGGAUCUUGGAGGGCAAAGAAGGUUUCGUACCAUGUGGGAGCGUUACUGUCGUGGAGUUUCCGCCAUUGUGUAUGUGAUUGAUGCUGCAGAUCGAGAUAGUGUACCGAUAUCAAGAAGCGAGUUGAAUGAUCUGUUAACAAAACCGUCUUUAAAUGGCAUUCCUCUUCUGAUUCUUGGCAACAAAAUCGACAAGUCUGAAGCUCUCUCUAAGCAAGCUUUGGUUGAUCAACUAGGGCUUGAAUCCAUAGCAGACAGAGAGGUUUGCUGUUACAUGAUCUCGUGUAAGGACUCGAUAAACAUAGAUGCUGUCAUAGAUUGGCUCAUCAAGCACUCGAGAACCGCUAAGUAAAACAGACACAACCAAGCUCAUCGAUCCAGAGGAAAACAAAAAAAGCUUGUUUUGGUUUCUUGAUGUUGUUUUAUUUGUUGAGAAUCAAUCAGAUGUAAAUCAUCAGCUUUUGGUUUCUUCUCUUGUUUUACAAUUCUUCAAUGUUCAAAUACUUUUGGUUAAUGCAGUCCAAUUUAGUU